AAAAUUUGCAAGCAGUGAUAUACCCUCGACCAAAAAGUACCAAGUGCAGCCCAACUCAAAUCUCUACUCUUCCACUCUCUCCUCUUCGCCGAUUCUCCAGCAAUGAGCACCUUCGACUUUUAAUCCAGUUAACCAAAAGUUUUCAUUCUUAAAUUUACUCCUAUCGAUUGUCAGUAUCGCUUUUUUUGUUUUACGGGGCUUGGUGUAAACCCUUGAUGUUACCGUUGAUAUUUCACCAUUUCUCUGUUUUAGUUACUACUUGUUUUGGGUUUUGGAGAUUUAGUUUUCCAGUUAUCAUAGUUUUCUGGAAUGAUCAAGUAGAAUUUUUUAUGUUUCAAUAUGAUUUUGAUGGUUUCUUGUGUGGAAUUAUGUGAACCAUGUGCUCUAUCUCUAUCGCAAGUGUUAGAAUAGAAUGCUUAUGAUGUUUACUAGCUACAUGACUAUAAUUUGGUGAUUAACUGAUUUCCUUAUUUAUUCAUGUUUUGACUGUUAACUUGAUUUAUGUCUCAUAUUCAUACAGUACUCCAUUGCCAUUUUAAUUUUGGUGCAGAUAAUUCCAUGAAUCUAGCAUCUGGGUUUGAUAUUCACUAUGAUUCCACUAUAGCAAAGCCUCCCCUAACAUAUUGUACUGGAUUAUGCUCAAAGGCUACCUACUGCUUUUUGUUGGUGAAAAUAUUGCCUUCUCAGUCUACAUGUUCCUUCUGUGAGAAAGUUGUCAUCCUUGUUGAGCUCUAUGGAGUUUACAUGUUUGAGUGAAGGAAGGGGGUUUUAUUUCCCACCAUGUCAUAUUUUGGACAUCUGCGGCUUUCGGGUUUUAUUGGAUUGCCCCAUGGACCUUUCUUCUCUAACAAUGUUUAUGCCAGUACCCACAGAUUCAUUCACGAUGUGUAAUGGUGAAAUCACUUCUCGUUCCUGCCAGAGAUCUAUGGAUUUGGAUUCAAACGAGAAUAAGAGACGCAAAAUUAAUAAACCCUUUGAUGAAAGCAGUUUAAUACGUGCUGAACCACGUUAUAAGAUUAUAAAAAAUUUGCUUUUAUGGGAUGUUUCUUCUAUUGAUGUCGUGUUGAUCUCAAGUCCAAUGGGUAUUUUAGGGUUACCAUUUCUCACCUGCAACAAAGAUUUUUCUGCUAAGGUAUAUGCCACUGAGGCAGCGGCUAGAUUUGGACAGCUUAUGAUGGAGGAUCUUGUUACAAUGCAUAAAGAAUUUAGACAAGUUUAUGGAUCUGAGGGGUCUGUUUCACCUCAAUGGAUGAAAUGGGAAGAGCUUGAAUUGCUUCCAUCAGAACUAAAAGAGAUAGCAUUGGGUAAAGAUGGAUCAGAGCUUGCUGGAUGGAUGUCGUUGUACAGUGCAGCUGAUGUGAAGGAUUGCAUGCAGAAGAUUCAAUCUCUUAAGUAUGCGGAAGAAGUUUUUUACAAUGGCACAUUGAUCAUUAAAGCAUUUGCUUCUGGUUUAGAAAUAGGCACCUGCAAUUGGAGUAUCAUUUGUCCAAAAGGAAGCAUUGCGUAUCUUUCAAGCUCUGUUUUAACAUCAGCCACAGCAAUGUGUUUUGAUUACACCUCUCUUCAAAGAAAUGAUGUGAUUAUAUACGCAGAUUUUACACCUUGCCAUGCUUCAAACAAAUCCAGUGAUGAUAAUAAUGGCCCUUCUACAGCUGAUCCAAAUCUAAGUGUUGGUAAUGUUGACUGGGAAGCAAUUGCUGAUGAUUAUCAGGAGAUGGAGAAGUUAGACUUCAUAUGCUCUUGUUCGAUGGACUCAAUAAAAGCUGGAGGUUCAGUUCUAAUUCCUGUUGGGCGAAUUGGGAUGGUUUUGCAGCUAUUGGAGCGGAUUGCACUGUGCCUUGAAUCUCAAAACUUGACGUUUCCUAUAUUUAUUGUUUCUUCUGUUGCGGAAGAGUUGAUGGCAUAUACGAAUGUGAUACCCGAAUGGUUGAACAAGCAGAGGCAAGACCGACUCUACUCUGGUCAACAAUUAUUUAAUCACUUGAAGCUGUUAAAUGAUAAAAGGCUUCAGUUGUUUCCUGCUAUUCACUCACUCAAAUUAUUAACCAAUUGGAAGGAACCCUGCAUAGUAUUUUGUCCCCAUUGGAGUCUAAGACUUGGACCUGUUGUUCAUUUGCUUCGACGGUGGUGUAGGGAUGAAAACUCUAUCCUUGUUAUGGAGGAAGGAGUGGAUUCCAAUUUGGCCCUCCUACCUUUUAGGCCAAUGAAGAUGAAAGUUCUGCAGUGUUCCUUUCUUUCUGGAAUGGAGUUGCAAUUUUCUCAACAUUUGCUGAAGACAUUACAACCUAGACAUGUUUUGUUCCCCGAGAAGUUGAGGCAGCACGUUGAUCUUCCGAAAAAUUUGUUUUCAUCCAGUUAUUACUCUGAAGAUGAAACACUCAAUGUUCCCAACUUGGAAGAGAAUUCAGAAUUAGAUAUUGCUGUAGACUUGGCUUUACAGCUUCAUUACACGACACUUAAACAGGAAAACAUACGUGUUGCAAGGUUGAAGGGCGAGCUUGCACUAGAGCAAGGCAAAUAUCGAUUACUCCUUAGGAACGAUCAAGUUGUUUCUUCUCAGGUUAGGUCAGCGGUGCAUUUGGGAAGAAUUGAAUUGGACGUUCUUCUGACUGAACUGCGUAAAAAUGGAUUGAAUAUAACUGUAGAAGAAAUCAUGAGUGCAGAUGGAUUACACAAGACUUCUCUUGUGCACGUGUUGGAGCCCCAAAAAGCCACAAUAGAAAUCACAAAAGCACAAACAUUGAUUUGUACUGCAAACAACGAUUUAGCUUGCCAAAUUUCUGAAGUUGUAAGUAGCUUAUUGGAUUGCAUUUGAAAUUGAUAUUAGAAGAGGGAAGGCUUCAAGUGAGUCCAUUAAUGGCUUUGAGUUAUAGUGUGGCUUGAAAUCAUGACUGUUGCUUAAUACUUAUUUCAUUAAUGUUUAUACGAAAUAUUUUUUACUUUCUUUCAUUAUGACAUCAUCCUUAUUGACGAUA